AUGAUGGACGAGGUCGACUUCGAGCUUUGCUUGGACAUCGAUCAAUAUGUAGCCGCCUCUCGCCGCGAGUCAAAGCGACUAUCCACCCAGUCCACCACAGGCUCAAUUAAGCACGACAACGUCCGAACUGUGACAAUCCCCAACCCCAAGGUUCGCAAGCACGGGGAACUAGACUCGACCUCUGACAUCGACGAAAAGCACACCUUAGAGCCGGUUCACCACGCACGACCAUGCAAGAAGCUCAAGGUCGCAAACCAGGCAGAGUCUGACCUCGAGGAUGACCACGAUCGCACCUAUCUCGAUAUCGCGAUCAAGCGCAUCACUACCCACCACGAUCAGGAAAUACUCUCAGACGCCGACGACACAGAUCCAGAAACCCGUAGCUCAACUAACGCCUCGACCACGGCCGUCAACGAAGAUACAAUGGAUCUAGACAGCGACACGGACGCGGAAGUCCAUGCCAACUCGACCAGCGGCAGCAUAACCACAAGUCCGUCUCACUCUUACAUCGCUCGUCCAUCCCAUCUCUUCCAGAUCUUCGAGGAUCCGGAUGACUCGCAUCUGGAGAACCAUCCCGGCCUCGUGUCUAGCUUUACUACUUACUCCUCUCUCGAUGAAGAUAAGGAGAAUAUCCGCGACGAUGAUGCCUACGAGCAGCGGGAGCAUACCCAUGGAAUGGGGGUUAAUUCGCAGAUGUGGACUCGUCAAUCUAAUAAUCGGUUCUCGCAUGCGGCCAGUUCCAGGUACCAGGGUGUUGAUGGGGGAGUGGAUACGGAUGAGGCGGAUACUGAUGUUGAAGAGUUUUUGACCGAGGGUGGAGAGGGUGCAAGGGAGGUUGAGAUGGAGGAUGUGAGAGUGUCGUUUCAUUCGUUGGGUGCUGGGGAGGCUUCAUUGCUUCCUCUGGCUUUUCCUUUGCCUUUAAGGAUUCCUUCCCCCGGAGUCGGUCAGGGUGGCAGAGCUAGUGGUAGGCGUCGCUGCUUCGGCCCUAGGCCUGUUGUGCACUUUGAGUGA